AUGACGACGACGUCGAUCACCGCAGUAGCAGCGCGGUCCACCGUCGGAUCCAGCACUGCCGCCGUUGCUUCCACCUCGUCGUCGGCGUCGACGUCCUCUUCGGUCUCCGUUUCGUCGUACACUGCUCCUUCCGCCGCCUCCGCCGCUUCCACCUUCAUCAGUACCUCCUCUUCUUCCUGCUCCUCCUCCGGCGCUGCCACAAUACAGGUAGCAGCACCGCCGCCGCCGCCGCUCGCAACGUCACUUACGCUCGCUUCCGGUACAAGAACUGCCAUCCUUGUCGCGCCCGCCGCGAUCACCGAGGUGGAGGUCGAGACGGAAGAGCAGGAGGACUCCACGCAACCUCCCCGGACGCGACUGUCUCGCAGGCGCAUCCGCCGUGUGGUUGCGGGCACGGGUGAGGCGAGCGACACUGAUGGAGGCCCAUUGGUCGGUGGUGCUGCCGGAGGAGGAGCGCCAGAAGAAGGCAAUCUCGUAACCGAUCCCGGCGGUAGCGAGGGUAGUGCGGCGGCCACUGUCAUAGCCGCCACCGCUGCAGCCGCCGGUGACAUCAUCGGGUGUUGCAGUGGCAACAUCAGCAGUGCCAUCACCAUUACUAACAGUGGCGUGGCAGUGGCGGCAGCAGGCAAUAGUGUUGAGAGCAAAGACGGACCGAUGAUGAUGUGCACGACUGCUGGUGGUAGUGGCGGUGGUGGCGGCGCCGCAGCCAUAGCCCUGGCCCUGAACCAGCAGCAGCCGACCAACAUGUCGGCGGCUGCAGCCGCCGCCUUGAUGGCCGAAUACAUCAAGAGCGAUGUAGUGGGGGUCACGUUCCCUUUACCUGUUGUUACUACUACCCAGCCGUCGCCACCGAUCGGUAGCGGCGGCAGUGCCGGGGAAGGAUCCUCCUCCCACAAGCAGCUCGUGGCAGCCUCGCUGAAGCUGCAAUCUCAAUCCCAACCAUUGCAACCGUGCGAUCUGCGGAUGCUAACGCCGGCGACGUACCUGCGGGAAUUUGCCAGCGCGGUGAAGCCGGAAUCGUUCGCGGUUGCCGCCGCCACAGCGAUCAAGCUCGCCGCGUCGGCCAACACGGGCAGCGCCAGUACGGCGGCCGCGCUGCCAAUGCCCAUGUUCAAGGGUAUCAGCAUGACGACACCGCCGCCCCAGCCGGCAAUGGCGAUGCCUUCGCCGAUCGUCGGCGGCACGUACUCCUGCACACGGUGCGGCAACUCGUACGCCCGCCCGCACAGCCUCAACCGGCACAUCCGGUUCGAGUGUGGCGUCGAGCCGAAGUUCGAAUGUCCCGUGUGUCACAAAAAGUCGAAGCACAAGCACAACCUGGUGCUGCACAUGCGCACCCAUCAGCAUCGAUGA